AUGUCCCCCACCCCCUUCCUCUUCGCCUCCCUCGACUCCAAGCGCCCCCUCACCGCCCGCAAACUCCAUCUCCGCCGCCUCUGGGACGUCCUCCACCUCUGUAUCCAGCGCAACGACAUUCCUCGUGCCUGCCGCGCCUGGCUCAUACUCGCGCGCUGCAAGGAGAUACCAUGGACGGAGCAUUGGAAUGUGGCAACACUGAUCCUCGCGGCAGGGUCCAGCCCCAAUAACGCUGCGAACGAGAAGGACACGCCUGCGCAUACCGUGGAAGACGAAGAGCUGCCUGCCGUGGACUUCCUGCGCACGAUGAUGCUGCAGCAUCCGGAUGCAAGGGAGGAUAUGCUGAGGGAGCUUGUGUUGCACCUCAUCAGCCACAAUCGGUGUAGGGAGGCGCUGGACGAGUUAGAGUUAUAUCUGCCGUCCUUUCCCUUUUCUGAUAAUCCGACCCUGCACGUCUACGCUGGAUUGACAAGACUGUACCUGGCUCAGCCACCUGCAGGCGGAGGCGUAUUCAACAAGGCCGGGCUGCGAGACGCGCAGUCGUAUUUCGAAAGAGCUUUGGUUCUGGAUAAGGACAACGUCGCAGCGAGAGUUUUCCUUGAGAAGGUCGGUCCCUGUUGGUGUCUCCCUGAUGCCGUCGCCUCAAAUACCAAAUGA